AUAAGCAAACCAAAGUUCCAUUUCCUCGUCCAUCUUCCAGUGUACAUUCGUCGUUUUGGCCCUGUGAUUGUCUUUUCAACUGAGCGAUAUGAAUCAUUCAACCAUGUAUUCUGGUUAUCGUGUAUCUACAGCAACCGACAGGCGCCAAGUAGAGAUACUUGCAAGAUCUUCGCUCACCAGGACACCGUCAAACAUAUCGCUACCGGCGGAUACUGGUAUGAUUCCACAGUCAAG